GCUACCGCUUUCGCCCUUAAGAUCAUGGCCCGAUGUCCAUGCUGUUUCGCCCGCCGAGAGCUGGGCAUCCGGACUUAGUAUGAGCUGCCAGUAUGCCUGGCGCUAUUGAGGUUUUCGUUUGGCCGAAGUUGCAGACAGCCACUCCCAAGGAUCAUGCACACCCACCAAGCUACGAGAACGAUGGCCACACGGAAUGCAGUGUUCGCUGGCAGCGUUUCUCGGCAUCAUCCUCGCCUGCUGAAGCCGCCCUACUCAUCUUUGACGAGGAUGUAUGCACAAAAAUUAUCAUCAUCAAGGAUGGGCGGACUACCCCCCGUCCACUUACUCAGCUUGGUCGAUGGACCCCGACUGUGUUUCUUCAAACAUGCCGCGUUACUGCACCGCGACGUCGGCCAGCGUCCGUCGUAUCAUGCCGAGUCGGAGCCACAGCGACGAUCAAGCAAAGCACCGAAUCCGUUUCUGUUCGGAGCAUCAUCGGGACAUCUCCUGGUUUCGGCACAGGUGCGCGACAGAGCUCCAUAUUUUAAGGCCCGACGAUCAUGCAACCCAACGUGUUUACGCCGUCGACGGCUGCUGUCGGAGCAGGAUUGCUUGAUCAGCGCCCCUCCUACCUCUUGCCAGGGCUGUUUUUUUAUUCUUGCGGUUUGUCGAUGCACGACAUACGCCGGUUGUUGGUACAAGAAAAUGCUGUGGCUGUCUACGACUCAUCGCAUGUUUUUUCUCGAUGCUGUGUCGAUCAUGACUUACAACCUUCUCACACUCAAUCUCGGAGCGGCAUUAAGUACGUAAUCAAGGCGGUCCCUCUUAGGGUCGCACAGGUACACAACGAUCCUCUAGGGAGCGACAUGAAUGGCUCCAAAUGUUCUUGCGCAGACAAGCUUACUGC